ACAGCACAGACACACACACAAUGCACAUGCCCAAGGACAGGCCUUUUCUAGCUAUAGCAUAGAGGAAACCGGCUUCCUCGCCACACUCACAGGGUGACGGCACUUUUAACGGGGGGAAAAUAAUCCUCUCAGCGGCCGGAAAACAGACAUGUAAGGUUGUGGCCUUUUUCUGUCGCUCUCUUUUCUUGUGUUCCUCUGGUGCCUUACGUUUCAUUCUGCUGUGAGGGGAUCUCGGAUGUGCUGACUGGAUGACUGAAAAGGCAGCGGGAGCAAGCUCCUUGGUUUUGUUGUUGGGAGACAGAGGUGCCUGACAGGAGACUGACUCCUCUUCAAGGAUCACAACGAGAGCUGAAACCACAGUGUCGCCUCCUGUGUUUCAGAUGAGAACAAUGUCAGAUGAGGCAGAACAGAGAAUGUGUGAUGAGGACUUUGGUUCAGACGAGGAAGGCGAGGAGGGAGAUGUGGAGUCGUACCUGGAGGACAACAGCAGUGAGCUUGUGGACCGACUUAGAGAGCUGGAGGCAGAGAACUCUGCUCUGAUGUUGGCAAACGAGAGUCAGAGAGAGGCUUAUGAGAGAUGCUUGGAUGAGGUGGCCAACCACGUGGUCCAAGCUCUGCUGAAUCAAAAGGAUCUGAGAGAGGAGUGCAUCAAGUUGAAGAUGUUGGUGUUUGACCUGGAGAGACAGAACAGAGCGCUUUGUGAACUUUUUCAGCAGAAACUGCCCAACCACCCCACUGCUCACUACCAGGUUCAGGCGGGACCACUCCCAGACUACAAUGCACAGCUGCACAAUGACUCGGCCAAACAGGUGGAGCCUGCACAGACUGAAGCACAAGCCAAGGGAAAUGGCUACCGCACACAACAUGCCUCCCCGGGUCCUCGUGGCCCUGCCGCCUCCAUGGAGGCCCUGUCUCCCUUCUUCAAGAAGAAAGCACACAUCCUGGAGGUCCUUCGCAAGAUGGAGGAGACGGACCCCCUGAAGUUUCACCCGUCUACUGCGAGCUUGUCUUUCUGCGACUACAGCCAGGUGCUCAUGUCCACAGAGGCUGUUUUGGCCACUGCGGACCCCCUUCCACUACAGUGCAAACCCCACCAGACACACUGCCACUGCUCCUGCUCUGACACUGAUGCACACCAGCAUGUCAACGGGGCAGUGAAGUGUGAGGGAGAGAACACCUGUUGUUUACACUGCAAGAGGAGCCCAGACAGUCCUCCAAAGCCAUGCAACCACGUCUGUAGUCCUUCAAAAGCCAACUCAGCCACCCAGAGCCACGUAGUUCCUGCAGCUGCUAUAAGCGAAUGUCACAGUAAGAGCAGAACAGUGGAGUCUGUUCCCUCAUCUAAACAAUGCACCAAGAAUGAAGCCCACCAGCAACCAGCAGGCGCCACCGCCCACUCCUCAAUCACAGAAGCAGCCGAUCAGAGCCUGGAGGUGAUGGAAGUGGAGCAAGAGCAGGACAGCUCUGAGAGUUGUCUAAACGCUAGUGCCUCUGAAGAGCUCACUGGUUUCUGUCCCACAUCCCACCUGCCCAGUUCUGUGAAAGAGAGCGCACAGAUGUCCCACUGUGACAUGGAGACGAGUGAUGCCGUUCACAAUGGCUUAGCGCUCUCCUCCAUGAACAGCGCCAUGUCGAAUGACCCCUCAGCCGUCCCCGAGAAAGACAGCACAGAUCAGGAGGCGUCUUCUGUGAGAGCCGGUGCCUCCGUCAGCCCCAGCCCCUCCUGCCUCAGCGAUGUCAAAGCCGCCGCCAUCAACUCCCCGUCCAAACUGCUCAAGUUCUUGAAGAUUCCCUCGAUGGGGGAGAAGUCUCAGGCUUCGACCUCUGCUGUCCGUCUGAGCCCCCAACUCACCCGCAGCUCCAGGAUCCCCUGUCGCACCAACAACUACGAGGUGUACCACUCUCCUGUUCCCACACGCAGAGCCACCACCACAGAAAGGUGCAGGCAGCCCCCUCCACCGCCCUCCAGGUCUGAGUCCUACCCCGCCACACACUCAGCCCCAACCUCCCCUCCACAGCCCGAAGACGUCUGCACCCCGCCCGUUAAGGAAAUAAGCUACAGCCUCUCAACACCUAAAGCCAGUGCUGGCUCAAGGACGGGCGCUCCUUCCUCCUCAUCCAAAGUAUCUCAGAGGGUCCCUCAUUAUGAAAAUGUCUGUAAUAUGUCUAUCAACUCUAGAGACGAGGAACCGACCCAGGGCCCCGAGAAAAGAACCACACUUCCAUCCCAAACCAAGGCAAACGGUGGUGAGAGGAAGCUCGUUAAAUCGCUACCAGAAAGUGUCCUAAACCCCCUUCCUCAACGAAAACAGUCGUCCUCGUCCACGUCAGAGUCCACAUCAGAUGAUGAGGAGGAUUCGGACAGCCCAGUAUGGGUUAACCAUCACAGCCUGCCCAACUCAUCCGCCCUCAGCAAAGCUCAGGGCAGAGCCAACUACUCACAUGCCAGAGAGAAACAGGAGGCAGAUGUAAGGGAGGUUAUUGUGCAGAGCUCCGAGGUCGCCCAGCAGCCGCCUCCACCUCCAGCUAGGAGGAGCGACUCCUCUUCCAUCCCCAAGAGGCCUGUGGCCGGGGCAGCGAGAGCCCAGGCUGAUUCCAGUCACCACGCUUUCAAAGACAGGCUGGCUGCGUUGGGAAAGCUGAGGAGCUCUGAGGAUUUACAAGUCGGUCUCAGGUCCGUGGACACGGUGAACGAGGGCACUUACGUGGAUGAAAGGAGUAAAACAGCGGAGCGGCCCAUGGAGCUCCUUAAAGAGGAGCAGAGACAUUCAAAAUACUCAGACUCUUUGGAUGGUAAACCCAAAAGUAGUAGCGGUGGUUUAAAGUACCCGGGGUCAUCUCAGCUGUAUGAACAGGCAGUAAAAGUUCAGCCUCCUGGUCCCGUGGUGGUUAAACAAGAACCGUGUGUGACCAAGACAGAAGGCUCUAAGAGCAAAAUAGGUCUGCCGUCCCCCAACACAGAUGCUCCGCAGGUACUACGCAACAACAUUAAGUGUCCUGGCUCCCUAAAUCUGGCCUAUAACCUUAAACCAGGUGUUGGUCCUCACAGUAGCAACAGCCCCAACAAAAUCCCCCCAAAGUCGCCGUCCAAACCUUGCCAGGGCCCGUCCGUCCACAGAGGGGGGAAGCCCUCAGAGGCCCCGCGUUACUCGUCCAAAUCAGAGGAGAGAACCAAGAUCAGCGGGAAAGGGAAAAAGAAUCCGAUGUACGGAGACAGCCUGCCGCCGCCUCCUCCAAGACCUCCAGUGUCUGAAGGGGAGAAGCCGUUGCAGCCGGUACCAAGCCCGCAAUCUGCCAUCGAGCAGAAGGUGAUGAAGGGCAUCGAGGAGAACAUGCUGAAGCUCCAGGAGCAGGACAGAGGAGGGCAGGCCAGCGAGGUCAAGCAGAAAGCCUCCAACGGCAUUGCGAGCUGGUUCGGCCUGAAGAAGAGCAAGCUGCCUGCGCUGAGCCGCAAAACCGAAGCGACCAAAGCAAAGGACGAGAAGAAAGAGUGGAAGAUCAACAUCCCCUCAGUGGGCCGGGACUCUGUGAAAAUGGCCACCAGGUGUAAAGAAGGAGUGGAAGGUUUGAACAUCUCGACUCUGAUGGAGAAGGCCGAGGGUCUGAGGAGGGCCCUGGAGGAGGAGAGGGCGUAUGUGGAGAGGUCAGGCAGGGGUCACUCCUGUGAGGUGGUGAUGGACCAAGCUCAGGGACAGCUGGCUGUCAUGUACAGGGGAGGGCGCUCUGACAACUUCAUGCAACAGCUGCUGAACAGAGUGGACGGGAAGGACAUGAUCAGCGUGCCCCAGCGUCGGCUCUCGUUCGACUGUAAGACCUCCAAGCCGGUGUUUUGUCAGCAGAGCGACGUCAUCGGUCACAUCACCAGCCGUGACGAUAUGGAGAAGGGAUCAGACAGAAUCGGCAAGAUCACAUCAGAUGAAAACCUGGCAGACUCGGUUCACUCUCAACACUUCGCAGGUUCUGGUGCUUCCACGUACACCCUGGACAGUGGCAUCGGUACGUUCCCCCUGCCCGACUGCAGCAGCGGUGCAGCAGGACGGGGCCUGUCCAAGAUGAGGGCCGGGGCCGAGCACCACUGCUCUGGCUCCCCGGGAAGGGCCGGUCGACGGGCCCGCACCCUGGACAGAGAGCUGACGUCACAGGAGGAGUGCUACGUGCCUCACAAACAGCUGAUUCCCACCAUUCAGUACGGCUCCAUGCUGGAGGGGAGAAGCUCGGCCGGCGUCAUCCGUGAAGACAAAGAGGCUCAUGGAGCGAACAUGUUCUCCCCUCGCUCGAAGACUUGGACCUUCCCCAGCCUGAAGACUCCAGCAGGACCUGCAGAGGUUUACCUGGCAGUGGAGGAGGAAGAGGAGGAGGCGGUAUCCUUUGGAUCGCCAUUCAGAGGGAGCGUGAAGGCCGGCGGUCCCUCCUCCAGCCGGGCGGCUGACCCAGGCAGCCUGCCCGUCCCUGCCCAGUCGGGGCUUAGCCGCAGGGGAAAGAAUCGCACUCCCAGCGUCCCCGAGGUGAGCCGGGAGGCCGGACUGGAGCUGCUCAGGGAGCGGCCGGAGGAAGCCCUCUCCCCAAGCCGCCCUCAGGUCCUGGAGACCCCCGAGUCUCUCAGCGAUUCUCUGUACGACAGUCUGUCAUCCUGCGGCAGCCAAGGAUGAUCCAGCCAAGGAUGGGGGAGGAAGGAGAGGACUGGAUGCUCAUCUAGUCCGCAGACAAUAAGACCUAACACCGCUCUGAACGCAUCUCCUGGUUGCUGGCUGUACUGUGAUGCCGCUGCUGACCCGCCGCCACCUUGUGAGGAAAAGAAACUGUGCCCCGUUGGUCGCAAGAGUAUUGUGGUGAUGCCGUCUCAUCAGCUGUUCCUCUGUUGCAACUGGAAAGAUGGAUCGAUAAGACUUCUCCUCAGGAUUCCCAAUAAACAUGAAGCCAAAAGCCACCCCAGAUAGUAUACGUUGUUCACUUUUUCACAAUCAGACUUGACUGCGGACACUUCUCUUUAAUUCUUCAUGUAUACAGGACUACAAAAACGCAUGGCUAAGCUAAUGAUUAGCACAAAAGUCGUCACUCCUGGUUGUUACUCAGCAACCUGUCUUUUGUUUUGUUUUUCUCUGAUCUUUGUUGUGUCCGUCAAGGAAGCAGUGAAGCGCUGAUCAUUUAAAUUGCUGACGUACUGUAUCAAUACAUCCGUUCUGUUAUUGGUUUCAUUUCACCAUAUAAUGUACUGAGAGAAAGGAAAAAAAACAAACACAUGGAGCUCUUUUAAAAAAGGAAAAAAAACUGAAUGUUCAUGUCUGUGAUUCUUUAUCGCUAAACUCAUGCAUCACAAUUUUAAAUGUAUAAACGAUUUUAUUGAUCAUGUUGAUAUUGUUUUGCGACCAAGGAAGGUUGUCGGAAUAUGUCUGUUUUUAAAUCAUAAAACAUUUAAAGGUAAUAUACCAGCAAUAAUAACAUAGAUAAAGAGAAAUGGCUACACUAUUCAAUGAAAAUGUAUUUCUAUUAUUUAUUUAUUUUUAAAUGUUUGCAGUCAUCAUUUUUUUUUUUUGUAAUCUUUCUGUGAAAAUUGCAGUCUCCUCGCUUAGUAGAUUAUGUUCAUAUCUUGUAUUUCGACAUCUGUUGCUGUUCAUUCCCUAGCCAAUAGAGGUCCUAUGUACCUACUGCCGUUUUUCAACUUUCUAAUUAAAAUGUUUUGAUUUA